AAAAUCGUGUCGAUUCAUCGGCCAACUCCAAACCAACCAACCAGCAGUUGCCGCCAUCUCUCAUCUCUGUCACGUAACACGAGUACGUACACAACACAAAAUCUGCAAAAUAUUUUGGUUGCCUGCUCGGAGAGGCGAAGAAAAUGGCGUUCCGACGAACACUAGCACGCGGCAUAUGGGCGGGGAAGAACGCGAACGCCGCCGCCGCUUGUCCGGCGGCUGCGGCUCCAAAACCUCCGGCGCGGCGGCCGUUGCCGGCGGUUGACGACUGCCCGACGCUCGCGUACCUGCGGCCCAGACCGGGAACCAUCCGGUACACCACGGCGUCCGUUCCGCUUCCCGCCCAUUGCUUCCCCGCCCUCCCCGUCGGCGACCAGCUGUUCAACCGGCUCCGCCUCGACGGGCUGGUCCCGCCUACGACGGCCGUGACGCGGCCACCGGAGGAGGAGGGGGUGGGCGUGACGGUGGAGGAGGCGAGGAAGGUGGCGCGUGCGGCGGAGAUGGAGGUCGCGCGGGCGAGGCUGAGGUCCAACGCCCAGAGCGUCGUGUCCGGGUCGGAAUUCGCCGCGCUCUGCGUCGACAUUGCCGGCGGCGCCGAGGGAGGACGCAGGCUCGCCCGCGCGCUCGACGACUCCGGCGUCGUCAUCGUCCUCGGCGACGCCGUCUUCCUCCGCCCCGACAUGAUAGCGAAAGCGAUCGGGAGCAUGAUACCGGCGACGGCACACGCGACGCGAGCUGCAGCAAGCGUCGUCGAAGUGCGGAAGAAACGGGAGGAGGAGGAGGAGCUGCGGGCGAUGGAGGAGGAGAAGGCGGGCAUCGACGCGGCGGCGGCGGCGCAGGUGCGGCGGGAGCUGUGGUGCGGGCUGGGCCUCCUGGCGGCGCAGACGCUGGGGUUCAUGCGGCUCACCUUCUGGGAGCUCUCGUGGGACGUCAUGGAGCCCGUCUGCUUCUACGUCACGUCGCUCUACUUCAUGUCCGGAUACGCCUUCUUCAUGCGCACCUCCACGGAGCCGUCCUUCGAGGGCUUCUACCGCAGCCGCCUCGCGUCCAGGCAGCGACGCCUCAUGCGGGCGCGCAGCUUCGACGUCGCCCGGUACGAGGCGCUGAAGGAGCAGGUGGGAGGAGGAGCACGGUACGGCGUCGCGGCGCGCGACGCCAUCGUGUUGAGGCAGCAGCACGUCACGCACGUUCAUUAGCAGCAGCAGCAGGGUGUUUUUUUUUUUUUGGUGUGGCUAAUUAGGUGUGACGUCGAGCGCGUGCGUAGUUGCCAGCUAGGAGUAGUACAGUAAUACUGUACUCCACGUAGUUUGAGACGUGGACGAUCCGGGACUCGGGUGAGUCCAUGAUGUCCAGCUGUACCAGCAGCCAUUUAUUCGGUCAGAAAUCUGAAAAAUUGGUUGAAUCACUAAGUAAAAUUUUUUCUCCAGAUAACACGGAUAAAUCUCAAGCGUUCAA